AUUAGUGAGAUUAUCAUAUGCAUACACAACAGCAAAAAAACAAGAGCGAGAUUACAACUGAUCACAUGGAUUUUUCUAUCACCACCACUUGUCUUCUGCUCUUUGGUUUCAGCUCAUCGACUCUCAGUAAAGAAUUAUGCUGCAUCUCCUUCACCUCCACACCCAUAAAGCAUGUUGUAGGCUACCACAAAACCUAUGAAGACUGCCCCGUGAAUGGCUUCAUUUUCAUCACUAAGCAACAAACAGUCUGUGCCCACCCUGAAGAGAGCUGGGUUCAGAACCUGAUGAGGGAUUUAGGCAGUCCCGUAACUGAGAUGCCAGUUCCCAAUUCCAAUUCUGAAGCGGACACUGAGCCAAAGUCUGAUCACUUCUGCAUACACCCUGGGCAAGAAUAGCUGAAUUUCUCUACUAUGAGCACAAAAGGACACCACAGCUGGAAUUUUCAUAUAUUGCACUCUAUGGUACAACAAUUCUUCACCAUGAUGUACACGCUGGUAUUUUUGCACAUUUAUUUUCGAUCUGCAUUAUGAGCCAUUUCCUGGAAAGUACUUUUGAUAUUUUUAAUAGCAGCUUAUAUUGUGCAAAGAAAAACUGCAUCUGUCCAUGUACUCUGUUUUAAGAUUGAUUUUUGACACCCCUGUUUGUUCGUCCUUGCUAUAUUAAACAUUAUAUUA